AUGUACAGGGCCUACAGUCCAGGUCCCAAAGACCGUAGGAUCCAGUCCAGGUCAAACUCCCUCACCUGUCAUGUUUCCUGUCUCUCUCAAGUUGUCCUAUCAAAUUCCAAUAAAGGCGAGUUUCGGGUCACAAGCCCAGAACCCACUUCCCUCAAGUCCCCAAUGUCUCGUUGUCGGUCUCUAAGGUCCUGUCUGUACCCCUCAGGUCUAGUCAUGGUCCCUGAGAACGGGUCUGAGUCCUUGAGGUCAAAUUUAUUUCUCAGAAGUCAAUCAUGGUUUCCAGAGGUCAAGUCUGAGUCCCUAAGGCCAAGUCCAAGUCUCUCAGGUCAGGUUUUAGAGGUCAAAUCUGAGUCUCAAAGUCAGCUCUAA